UUCCCCCGGUUCAUAUAAUCUCGUUCGUAAUUGUAUUGCGGUGUAGGCUGAUAUUGGUCUUGCAAUGGGUAUCCAAGGAACAGAAGUUGCCAAAGAGAGCUCAGACAUCAUUAUAUUGGAUGAUAAUUUUGCUUCAGUAGUGAAGGUGGUGCGAUGGGGUAGAUCUGUUUAUGCCAAUAUUCAGAAAUUUAUACAAUUUCAGCUCACUGUUAAUGUUGCAGCUCUUAUAAUCAAUGUUGUGGCUGCAGUUUCUUCUGGUAAUGUCCCAUUAAGUGCAGUGCAGCUUCUCUGGGUAAAUCUUAUAAUGGAUACACUAGGGGCCCUAGCACUAGCAACUGAACCUCCUACUGAUCAUCUGAUGCGUAGGCCUCCUGUGGGUAGAAGGGAACCUCUCAUUACUAAUGUCAUGUGGAGGAACUUGAUAAUUCAGGCUCUAUAUCAAGUGACUGUUCUCCUAAUCCUGAAUUUCCGGGGAAGAAGCAUUCUGAAUUUAGAGGAUGAAUCAGAUGAUCGAGCUUUCAAAGUGAAGAAUACACUGAUAUUCAAUGCAUUUGUCCUUUGUCAGAUAUUCAAUGAGUUGAAUGCUAGAAAGCCUGAUGAGAUCAAUGUGUGGAAAGGGGUAACUAAAAACCGUCUUUUCAUGGGAAUAGUUGGACUUACAGUAGUUCUCCAGGUCAUCAUUAUAUUUUUUCUUGGGAAGUUUACUUCAACAGUUAGACUCAGUUGGAAAUUGUGGCUUGUUUCCAUUGUCAUCGGUAUAAUCAGCUGGCCUCUAGCCAUUGUUGGGAAGCUAAUUCCUGUUCCAGAGAGACCUUUUAGUGAUUUUUUUACGAAGAAAAUACGUAAAGAAAGGGAAUCAGGAGGUUAAAUACUAAGGAAGUGAACAAAGACGGCUUCUGGGCUCAUCUGUUUUCCGUAGGUGUGUGCAGUAUAGCUAACUUUUGGAUAGAUACAUAUCAGUGUAGCUCAAAUCUGACCUUGCGGUUAAGUAUUUAGUUUCCAUCGAACCGACUUGGACAUUUUCAGUGGUGAAAAUACACAGAAGAAAUUCUUUUUUAUGUAAGUACCGAUAUAGAUUUUUGCCUCUGUAAUUUAGGUGGGCAAAAAAAUCAAAAAACCGAUCAAAUUAAACUGAGUCGGGUUGGUUUGGUUAAUUUUAACCAUGAAAAAAUCGUGCUGAUUUGGUUGCGGCUUAAGCAAUCAACCUAUCAA